CCUAAAUCAACGACUUCCACAUAAAUCUCUCACACUACCAAAGCAGAGCAACAACAACAGAAAAGAAAAAAGAAAAAAAAAAAGAAACAAAUCCUCCAAUUCCAAUUCCCUUCCACCCAAAAAUUUAUUGUGGUUUCCCCAAUUUCUUCAUCCUCCUCCACACAGUCAAGAACCAAACAAACAAAGAAGGAAGAAUCGAAAUCAAGAAAAUCGGAUUCUUACGCAGAAAGGAAAGGAAAGGGAAGAAGAUGGGAUUGUCGUCGGAGACGGUAUGCAAGAAGCACCCGGGGCACGAGGAGAAGCGAGGGGUCUGCCCUUCCUGCCUAAGCGAUCGCCUCUUCCACCUCAACCACGCCGCCGUCAGGGGUAAACCAGCCGCCGUUCAUUCCUCUGCUGCUGCCGCUGCCGCCUCCUCUUCUUCCUCGAGUCACGAUGAUUACCACGACACCGUUGACAACAACAAGCCGCGGAAGGCGGCGGCGGAAGAGGAGGAGGAGGGGAAGCGCGUGGGACACACGCACCGCCGGAACGCGUCGUCUACCGAGAUAGGGACCGUGUCGAUGAGGGUGGGGCCACCGGCCGCGGUGUUGUCGUCGUCGAGGGGCGGCAGCGCGGGGUUGAAGAAGUCCCGUUCGGUGGCGGCUUCGUACUCGUUCGCUCCUCCGCCGCCGAAGGCGAUCAGCCGCCGCGUUGACGUGGUCGUCCGCGGCGGCGGCGGCGGUGGGGAGAAGGUGUUUAGUGAUUAUUAUUAUGGGAAUAACAACAGGAGCGGCGGCGGCGGCGGAGGGAGUGAUUAUAAUGGGUACGGAUCAGGAGGGAAGAAGAAGAAAGGGUUCUGGACGAAGCUGCUGCACCUGCACCUCAAGGGGAAGAACAAGGAGGCGUUGAUGCAUCAUCAUCGUCCUGCCAUGGAGGGAAGAGUCUGUUGAUCUUUCUUCAUCUCUCUCAUAAAAAAUAAUUAUGGGCUCGAUCGAUCGAUCGAUCGUUUUCCUCUGGUUUGCGUAAUAGUAAUUAAUUGAUUCAACAGUGCUUGUUACUUGAAAAAUUUUAAUAGUAAUAAUCCAAUUAUGAUGCUUCUCAGUCUAAUUGUGUCUGUCUGGUGUAAAUAUUUUUGCUUUCCGUGUUCUGUUUGAACAUCUGUUAGGUUGAUUGUUGCUUUUUUUCUGUAUCUAUAUAUAUACACACUAUAUCAUCUUUGUGAUUCAGACAACUAGGAACUUGGGUUUGGAAAUUUGAUUUUUCUUUUAUUGUUUUUUUAGGAUGUCACUCAAACAUGUCCACUUUUUUUUUUAUCAAGAGAUAUCGAUAGCGCUUUGGGUAUAUAGACGCGUUGAGCACUUUUAAUUCAUACUUCUUACAAAAAAAACUUCUAAAAUUUAU